UCUGAACCCUAGGACCUCAGGAAGCGUGAGUGUGCCCGCAUCGACAUCGGGAUGGAUACCAUCACAGUGUCUCAAGAUGAGCCGGAGCAGCAGCAGCCGGCUGAUCUACCUUCAGCUCUGGCAGCCCUGGAGGCAGAGCGGCAGAGAUGCCGUGAGCUCGUGCGCCUCAACGCUGUCCUACAGGAGCACCUGGAGUUGGCAACACGCACCAAUGCAGAUCUCGCAAGCGAGGUUCACAAGCUCACCAAGGAAUGGUGGCAACUGAACCGCUCACAGUCUGCAGAUCAGCCACAGGUGUUGGUGCCCGAGUCUGAGGCGCGCGCUGCCCGUGCCCAGGCCUCCCAGCUGCAGGGGAAGCUGAUGAAGGCGUGCAAGCGGCUCGCCAGAACUGGCCCUGAGCGCAGCGCAGGACGAGGCCAGUGAACUCAAAGCACAUAUGGAGGCAGUCACAGGAGAAACUGGUGGUCGAAGCCGAGCAGUCGCACCAAGAGCAGUGCAAACUGCAGGGUCGGCUUAUGGCCACUACUGUCAAGCUGCGGCGACUGAACGCGGACAAACAGCGGCUCAAUACAGGUGUGUGUUGGGGACCCUACUUGGCCUUGAUGGGUACACAGCAGCCGAGGUGCUGUACUGUUUGGCAAUGAUUGGUGCUUUCUUCUAGCAAUCUGAGAUCACGAAACUAACUUAUCCUUAUUUGUGUUGAAUUCUUGACCCUAAAGAUUUAGGUUCUUCUCACAUCACCAACUUCUGUGUGCAAUCUAAUACUGUUUGUUA